AUGGAAUCUUCAAGCGCCUGCGAUCCCAAGAAUACGGUCGUCGGUGAAAAUCCCGAGUCUCAAUCCACUGACAAGUCUUCUGAAACAAAUCCAAUACCGGGUCUCUACGAAGAUGGGACAUUAGACCCAAUAUACCAGGAAAAGACGAAGAUAUUAAAUCGGGCAAUCGAAGAAAUUGGAAUGGGGAGAUACCAAUACCUUUUAUUCGUCGUUGCAGGAUUCGGCUAUUUUGCUGAUAGCGUAUGGACCUUAGCCACUAGCUUGAUCCUUGCCCCGGUCGUCGCAGAAUUUCAUUUCAAUGCGCCCUUCCUCACCCUCGCGGCUAAUAUUGGCUUUUUGGUCGGCGCGGUUACCUGGGGCUUAGCAAGCGACAUUUGGGGACGGCGAUGGCCCUUCAACGCAACAUUGUUCAUAGCAGGGGUAUUUGGACUGGCAGCUGGUGGAUCGCAAAAUCUCGUCACGCUCGCGUCGUUGAUCGCUGUCCUCGGCAUUGGCGUUGGGGCGUCUCCCUCUGAACUAGGUAACCUUCCUGUAGACUCUGCUAUAUUUUUAGAUUUCCUUCCAGCGUCACAUCAAUACCUCUUGGCCGUCGUAGCAGUGUUUUGGUCAUUCGGACAAUUCUUCAUAAGCUUGGUCGCUUGGCCUUUGAUCGCCAAAUUCUCCUGCCCCAUUACAGCCACCACCUGCUAUAAAUCCGAGAACAUGGGCUGGCGGUAUCUCUUAUUCACUCUGGGCGGGUUGACUGUCCUCCUCUGGAUCAUCCGCCUUGCCGCUUCCAAUCUUUCUGAGAGCCCACGCUUUCUAAUAGGCGUAGGGAAAGAUGACGAAGCUGUAGCCGUCAUCCACAAAAUUGCGGCUUAUAAUUCCAAGACGACCUCGCUCACCUUAGAUGAACUCACACGGGUGGGUAACAUCUCGGCGGAUACUAAAGGCCCUGAUAAGAAGUCGAGAGGCAUCAUGAGUCAGACGUCGGCUUUCACCACAAAGCAUGUCAAGGCAUUAUUUUCGACGCGGAAAAUGGCCUAUUCGACGUCACUGUUGAUCGUUCUUUGGUGUAUUGUUGGUCUUGCCACAACAUUAUACGACAGUUUCCUACCUUUUCUGCUCGCGAGCCGUGGGGCCCGUUUCGGCGACGCAUCUUUGUUCAUCACAUAUCGCAACCAAAUGAUAUUAAGUUUCCUGGGCAUGCCUGCCGCUUUCUGUGCAGGAUGGGCAGUAGAAAUUACAUGGAUCGGGCGUAGAGGUACAAUAGCAAUUUCAUCGGGACUUACCGGCGCCUUUCUGUUCGCAAGUACAACAGCUCGAAGUUCCAACGCUUUACUUGGGUGGAAUUGUGGAUAUGUAUUUAACAGUAGCAUAAUGUACGGAGUUCUCCACACCAUAUCUUUUGAAAUAUUUCCUGCGAAAGACCGAGGCACGGGGAAUGGGUUGGUGUGGACAGCGACGCGAAUUUCUGGAGUAAUCGCGCCAAUAAUCGCGCUAUAUGCUAAUAUCAUGACCACCGCGCCUGUGUACAUUGCAGGCGGUCUUGUUAUUUCUGCUGGCUGUUUGGCGCUUCUCCUUCCGUAUGAAACUAGAGGCAAGGCAUCGAUGUAG